AAGAAGAAGAAAGAGGAAGCACAGCACAGCAAAGGCGGCAGCCGAUCGGAGCCGACCAACACACCACCACCAGCAUCGGGGAUCCCGACGACCGCCAACCACCAGCCAGCGAUCUCUCCCCCCUCCCACAACCCCGGAUCCUCUCCGGCCCCCUUCCCUCGAUGCGGCUAGCGCCGCCGGCGGCCGCCCCAGGGUCCAGCGAUUUAGCAGCCCCGCUGCUGCUGUCUGGUUCUUUCUUGGGCGGCGGGCGCUUCUAGGUGGACUGGUGGAGGUAGAUGAGGUUCUGGAGGGAUGGCGGCGGGGGCGGAGGCCGGGACCUCAACGGCGGCGGCCCGCCCUGCGGCCAGGUGCGCGUGCUCGUCGUCGGCGACUCAGGUGUGGGGAAAUCUUCAUUGGUUCAUCUCAUCCUGAAAGGCUCUGCAAUUGCUCGACCACCCCAAACGAUUGGAUGUGCAGUUGAUGUUAAACAUAUUACUUAUGGUAGUCCUGGAAGUUCUAGUAGCAUUAAGGGUGAUGCUGAAAGGAACUUUUUUGUUGAGCUCUGGGACGUUUCAGGACAUGAGCGCUAUAAAGAGUGCCGUUCACUUUUUUAUUCACAAAUUAAUGGUGUCAUAUUUGUUUAUGACCUCUCUCAGAGGAAGACAAAGACAAAUUUGAACAAGUGGGCAGUGGAGGUUGCUGAAUCAGGGACUUUUUCAGCUCCUCUUGGGUCUGGUGGUCCAGGAGGUCUUCCGGUUCCUUACUUAGUUAUUGCAAACAAGGUGGAUAUUGCUCCAAGAGAUGGUAAAAGAGUUAGCAGUGGAAAUCUUGUUGAUGUUGCUCGUCAAUGGGUUGAGAAGCAAGGCCUACUUCCAUCCAGUGAAGAACUUCCACUUGCGGAGAGCUUCCCUGGCAAUUCUGGUCUGCUCACGGCUGCUAAAGUGGCAAGAUAUGACAAAGAAGCUUUGGUUAAGUUCUUCCGCAUGUUGAUAAGGAGGAGGUACUUUUCAAAUGAACUCCCUGCUCCUAGCCUAUGGUCCAUCACUCCCAGAGAGGAUACCGUCCUCCCUGUAGAAACGACAAAUGAUGAUGACCUGUUUCAAAGGAAAAGUUAUGCUGGCCAGAGUUACAAAUACAAUGGUGUUACGCCGUUGCCUGCUCAGCGGAACCUAACGCCACCGCCCACUCUCUACCCACAGCAGCCAAUGUCGUCAUCUUCAGAGAACUACAGAUACCACAGGUUCUCUUCAUCCGCAAUUCCUGAUGCAACCGGUAGUAGAACAAACCGAGCUGACAUCAAUAUAUGAUCCAUGAGCUCACAAGCUGUGAAAAAUAUCACUUCCAGUGUGGAAAAAGGAAAUUCUCAUGCUGCUAUAGUAUUCAUUCGAUCCCACUUUGUGUAGUCGUGAGAUGCAUUUCCACCUGUCUUGCCUUAAAAUGUGCAUGUAGUCAAGGUGCUCUUUUUCAUUAUUGUCAUCUUGACAGAACUACUAGUGAGCGAUUCUUUUAUAUCUUAUAUAUUUGUUGAAUUGUGUUUUGCAAUGAAGAUCACACAUGCUGAUAAAAUUAAUUAAUGGAGGUAUUUAGUGUGGUAUGCAACGGUGUUCUGUUCUCAAUGUAACACCAAUUUUCACUUUCAAUCAGGCUGAGUUCUUGCCAACUUCCUCAAAAGUCAUCUGUAUUCCAAGGCAGUGGUGGUGGAAAUUCCAUCUCACCUACAUACAUUAUAAAUUUUACAAAUUAU